AUGGCGUUUAUACAAAAGGGUCUCAAAAACAUCCUCCAAAAGAACCCCCAUGAUGUCGUCUUCCUAUCCGCCCUUCGCACACCAGUAACAAGAGCGAAGAAAGGUGGUCUGCGUGAUGCGUACGACCAUGAACUCCUAGGAGCAGUCCUCAAAGCAACCCUCACCAAAUUCCCCAACCUCGAUCCCGCGAAAAUAGACGACAUCUGCAUUGGCACCGUCCUCGCAGAACUCGGCGGCUCAAAAGCCGGUCGCAUGGCUGCGAACCACAUCGGCAUACCCACCACCACCUCCUUCAGCACCGUAAACCGCGCCUGCGCAUCCGGAUUGUCCGCCAUAACUUCGAUUGCAAAUUCUAUCGCUGUAGGACAGAUAGACGUUGGUAUUGCAGGUGGCAUGGAAAGCAUGACGCGGAAUUACGGCAGCCGAGCCAUACCAACCGAGCUCUGGCCCGAGAUGAAGGACAGUCCGAUAAAGGAAGCUAGGGAUUGUAUAAUGAGCAUGGGAAUCACAUCUGAAAACGUCGCAGAGAGAUAUAGCGUCAGCCGCGCGGACCAAGACGCGUUUGCCGCACAAUCGCAACAACGCGCCGCGAAAGCGCAGGCAGUGGGCAACUUUGAUGCAGAGAUUGUGCCGGUGACGACGCGCUGGAUCGAGCCUGAAGUUCCUGAGAGUACAAAGAGUGUUACGGUGACCAAGGACGAUGGCAUUCGCCCGGGAACUACGGUGGAAAAACUGGCCGGCAUGAAACCUGCGUUUAGCAAGGAUGGCACAAGUACCGCUGGAAACAGCAGUCAGGUGUCUGAUGGCGCGAGUGCGGCGCUCAUGAUGCGUCGUUCCACCGCCACAACCCUCGGUCUUGAAUCUGCUAUCAUUGGAAAAUGGGCUGGCACACAGGUCGUGGGUUGUUCGCCCGAUGAAAUGGGCGUUGGGCCUGCGCUGGCUAUCCCCAAGUUGCUCGAUUAUACCGGUCUGUCUACAUCCGAUGUAAACCUCUGGGAGAUCAACGAGGCGUUUGCUAGUCAAGCACUGUAUUGUGUGAGGAAGCUGGGUUUGGAGGACAGGAUGGAUCGGGUAAAUCCUAAUGGAGGCGCUAUUGCACUGGGACAUCCGCUAGGAGCGACGAGUGGGAGGAUGUUGGCGACGUUGUUAGCGGAGAUGGGUAGGAGUGGGGAGCAAGUUGGUGUACUGAGCAAGUGUAUAGGCACAGGUAUGGGUAUGGCUAGUUUGAUUGUAAGGGAAUAG